AGAGAGGUAAAGAGCAUAAAUGCACUGGUUGAAUUUCUGGGAAGCUUUUGGACCAAUAAUUAGACAUCUCAGGAGAGCUGCUUCUCACAAUAUGCUGCUUUUUUCAGGAGGAGAUUGUGGCUCAGUCCCGGUGAUUUUUUUAAAAAAAUGUUUCUCAUAGUUUGAUGGGCAUUCCCCGUGCUUUUGUGCAUGUCUCUAAAAAGCGUUGACGUGGAAAGAAGCAGCAGCAGGGGGAAAAAAACUGCAGCUCUUCUAAAAAUACUGAGGGCAUGCAGGAGUGUGAGCAGGCUGGGGAGGAGGAGGAGGGUGUGAGAGUGCCUCACACCAUGCUUUCUGGAUGCCAGCUGGGAACAGUUUUGGAAACAUUCCUCCUGUGAAUGGAGGCACCAUGAACAUUUGGGAAGUGAUCCUGGCUUUCUUAAUUGUGGUGCUCAUCCUCGUGUCGUUGCUGUCCAACGUGCUGGUGCUGAUCUGCUUUUUGUACAGCACAGAUAUCCGCAAGCAAGUCCCAGGAUUGUUCAUCCUCAACCUGACCUUCUGCAACUUAUUGAUGACUGUUUUGAACAUGCCCUUGACCCUGGCAGGGAUCAUUUACAAGCAUCCGCUGGGAGGAGAACAACUUUGUAAUAUUGUGGGUUUUCUGGAGACUUUCUUGACCACCAACUCCAUGCUCAGCAUGGCAGCACUCAGCAUAGACAGGUGGAUAGCAGUGGUGUUUCCUCUGAACUAUCAUUCCAAGAUGCGCUACAAAGAUGCUGCUCUCAUACUCAGCUACACGUGGUUGCAUUCUGUGUCCUUCCCUAUAGUGGCAACUUCUCUUUCUUGGGUGGGUUUCCAUCAUCUUUAUGCUUCCUGCACCCUGUACAACAAGAGACUGGAGGACAGGACACAGUUUAUGAUUUUCACUGGGAUCUUUCAUUCUCUCAGCUUCCUCCUCUCCCUCAUUGUUCUAUGUUUCACAUAUCUAAAAGUGCUGAAGGUGGCACGCUUUCACUGUAAAAGGAUUGACGUGAUAACUAUGCAGACCCUUGUGCUGUUGGUGGACAUACAUCCCAGUGUAAGAGAGAGAUGUCUAGAAGAGCAGAAGAGACGAAGACAACGAGCAACAAAGAAGAUCAGCACCUUUAUUGGCACUUUUAUACUUUGCUUUGCACCAUAUGUAAUCACAAGACUGGUAGAAUUGUCGUCCAUAGUCCCAAUCAAUGCACAUUGGGGAGUCAUUUCCAAGUGUCUGGCAUAUAGCAAAGCUGUUUCAGAUCCUUUUGUGUACUCUUUGUUACGACACCAAUACAAGAAGACAUGGAAGGACAUCAUAAACAAAAUCCUUAAAAGAAGUUCAAUAAAUUCAUCAGCCCUCACAAGUGAAUCACAAAGUCGGAAUAUUUUACAGGCAAAUGAGUAGACUUCAGUCUGAACCACUUGUUAAUUAUGGAAUAAUAAUCAUGAGAAGAGGUGGAGGAAGAGUAGCAGGUGCCUCUUAAUAUCAUCAGCUGGCAAAAGUUGGAAAGCUUGCCUUUGAAAUCUUCAGUGACCUGGGUAAUGAAUUUCAUAGAAAAGUUGGCUGCCGUUCAAAACUGCUAUUCAGUCUUGUCUACAAAAUUUUUACCAGCUUCAUGAAAUGUGUACGACCAUAAAGGCAAAAUCCUGUCUUUAUCCAAUAGUGGUUGUCCAUCGGUAUGGUAAUGAUGAAGGGUAUGUUAUAUGUCCAAAGACAACUAUUUUUCCCUGACUCAAGAAUUUUUGGACUUCUGUGCUGGUUUUGAUGUGGGACAGCAAAUUAAUAAUUUGCUAGUAUGUGACCUUGAGAAUAAUCAAGAACAAGUAGUCAUUCUUGAUUCUUUUGAGAUUGCGUUCAUUUGGGUAUACCUGAUUAUGUGUAAACCUGGGACAUCUGAACACUAGUAUUUAGCAUCAUCCCACUUCUAAUCUAGAUAUGUGUUGUUCUGUCUCUGUACAAACAGAAAGACAGAACCUCUUAUUGUGGUUUAGUUUAAUGUUUGUCUAGUGAUGCGCUUAUCUCUGGUAUACCAAAGAGCAAUUGCUUCAUGCAUCACAAGUGACAUACCCAAAUGAUUCUCAUUUCAGGGACUGCAUGUACUGCUCCAAUAUGACCACUUUCCCUGGACAUGCGGGUUUUGGUGACCUUCAGAUAAUUGUCAAUCCAGAUGGUUGACAGGGACCACCACUGCCUUGGCUAACAGAGUCCAUCAGUGGGUUUUUACAGGGAAGGAGAUGCUGCACUGAGAGAAAGCUCUUCCCCAGGACACUUGCUAUCCUUUCCUACUGUGUACAACCAUACAAUACCAUGAAAGUAGAAAGCUAUCAUCUCUUCCUAAUCAAAAUGUUUCCAUGUUGCAAUGGUUCUCUGACUGUGAAAAUAACUAUAGUGUUGCUGUAUCAAAGCAUAGGUGUCUAAUGUCUGCAGUGCUCUGGCUUGCUUAGCCAGCUGAGCAGUCUGGAAUGUAAUGCUCUUCACAAUGCAAUAGCUAACAUAUUUUUCCAGAGGACAAUGAAGGUCCUUUCUGGAUUCUCUAAGAACAUGUUUAGAAAAAAUUGCACAGAUGUCCUGAAUCAAGGCUCAUAAUUGAUUAAAAGGGUUUGUACUCAUGCCAAAAGAACAGUUAGCUGAAUCUGCUUUUAUUUUUAAAAUUAGGAAAAUCAUUAUCUGCUAAGAUUUAAAAACAAAUAUUUGUCAUGAAAAAUUUUACAUCAAAUAGUCAUUACAACCAAAUGUAUUUUAAAAACUAUGAAAAAAAUGUUUCCUGUGACCAGAAUGCUGUUUUAUAAACCUCCAAUAAUGGGAAGAUAAAACCCAGUUUUGAGAAAGCAGAAUGAAAGGGAAUGGUUCAGCCCUCCUUUGUGCACAGUUCUGUGGUUCUGCAUGGAGCAGUGGACUGUUGAUCCUUCUUCUCCCAUCCACAGCCCUUUUACAGCAUAGAAUGCAGGGCAUACCCAGUGGUAUGCUUGUGGAAACAUUCAACUAUUAAUUAAUAAUUUUGCAUCAAAUCCAAGUAAAAAUGUCCCUUUGAGACAUGCCUCUUUUUAUGUUUCUGUAAAAAAACACACUAGUAAAUAACAUCCAUUUUUCACAGUGCUGUAGAGUGUAUGAAAUAGGAACUGCCUUCUGUGUUCUAAUUCUGUUGCCACAUUUUUAUUUCUAGUACCAUCAAUUGAUUCUUCAUAUGUUAAUACAUAAGGGAUUUUUGAGCAAAGGUUCUUGGCCUAUUUGCCUUUUUACAAUAUGCCUUGAAUCAAAAGGGAGGGAAUAAUUUUGCCUUAGUAUUUGUGUUUGCUAAACAAAGUUGUUACCAAGAAGUUGUUUAUUGCAUUCUUUGGUACCACUGCAUUGCACAGCUACAAUAGGUCAUGGUUCUGAAAUGAUUUGACUAAAUAACUUUCACUAAUCAAUUCUGUUAAUAGCAUUCCCCUAAUUGUAUCAUUUGGCAGCUGAAUCUGAAUGCCAUUUCACAAUCCAGAACCCCAAAAACUUUACUGUACUCUGAAGUUCUUGCAUAUAUGGGUAGACCCAUUUAAACAUGUGCAUUUUCCACUGAAAGGUGUGCCAUGGCCACUGCAAGCACAUUGAGACUCCUGUAGAUUGGGAUCCUAUUUACAUAUCUAGCCAUUUGCAAAACUGUCAUCUACCAAAUCCUUGACCAAGAAUGGCAUCCUUUCUGGCAAUACCUAAUUUGUUAAUUGAAUUACUGCCUCCAUUAACAAUAUAUUUGCUACCAAUUUGGCAUUCUAAAUCCAUAAAUAAUAUUCCUGUUGACAGUAUUUUAAAGAUACUGUACUAUUGCAACUAUACCAAUAGGUAGAAUACCAGUCUAAAAUUUAUGGCUUACAGUUCCAGUUCAUGGAUAUUUCUUUGUUUCUUUGCUUCACUGUUUGUCCAAUCAAAUCUAUGGUUAACAUAGACUUCAUAAUUAAAUUGUUUUAUAUAUUUGAUACUGAAGUCCACUUCCAGUAAUUUGGGCCAAAGUUCCCUUAUUCAUCUUUUUUUUUUACUGUGCAGCUUAUGCCUAAUAUUCAUUUCUAGCAACUUCUGAUCACCUGAGGUUACAGGUUAGAUGAGAUGGUGUCCAUGCCCAAUAUUUCUUGCUUGUUAAAUAAGAUGGAAAGAAAACUUUCAAUCUAUAUUUUAAAAUCUAGUUUUGCUAUUGUCAUUUCAAGACAGAACUUAAUCAGAAAUCUCUCUCUCUCUCUCUCUCUCUCUCUCUCUCUCUCUCUCUCUCUCUUUCUCUAUCUCGGUUCUGACCCGGUGCUGGUGCCAAAGUAGCCUUCUGCCAAGAUAAACCUGCUCAAGGGAUAACAAAUAUUCUCUCAAAUGAAUCUCCCAUAAGUCUUCAUCUGCUACAAUGCCUCUAAGGAUGUGGUUUAAAACUAUCAAAUCUGGCACAAUGGGAAAUUUACAAGUGAAGAAACACAUGGAUCCAUUCUGUCCAAUACAAAUAAAAUGUCUUGAGGAUGUUAAAAGAAGCAUUUUGAAGAAUUCCACACAGCUUUUCCCAAAAACAUUAUCAAGACAUUUUAUUUGUGCUCAGUGCAAUUUAUUUAAAAAUAGCCAUGAUGGGGACUUGUUUUCCAGGAGACAUUUUACCUCCCUGCCUUCCACCCCUCUUCUCCUGUAAGAGCACUUACUACCAUUUUCACAGCAGCUUGUGUCUGCCAUUUUCUGCAGCUUGAGAUUCUCUGCUACCUC